CCAAAGCCACACAAUGUCAAUAGCUCGUUCAUCUGUCCAUGCCAAGUGGGUCGUGGGGAAGGUGAUUGGGACAGCAAUGCAAAAAACUGCUAAAGUGAGAGUGACCAGACUUGUUCUGGAUCCCUAUUUAUUAAAGUAUUUUAAUAAGCGAAAAACCUACUUUGCCCACGAUGCUCUCCAGCAGUGCACCGUUGGAGAUAUUGUGCUUCUCAAAGCUCUACCUGUCCCGAAAACAAAGCACGUGAAGCAUGAACUGGCUGAGAUAAUUUUCAAAGUUGGACAAGUCAUAGAUCCAGUGACCGGAAAGCGCUGUGCAGGAACCACCUACCUGGAGAGUCCAGUCAGUCUGGAAACCACCCACCUAAGCAAAAACCUGGAAGAACUCGAUCUCUCUUCAACACAGUGAAGGAGAAUUGGAAAACGGAGCCAAAAGGGAAGGAUUUCUAAGUUUGCUUUAUGGAAAAAUUUUUAUAAGUUUCCUCACAA